GCGCUUCCACUUCCAGUGCCGAGCAGGCCAACCACAUGGUUGUCAAUAGAGCCAUAGAGCCCGUGGCGGGACCUGCUGGGCCCGGGCAGUGUUGUCGUGAGCGCCGCGCUGGUAGGAGGCGUGUCGGUUGUGGGGAAACAAGAACAAAGGGACCAGAUGUACACGGAAGUAUUUAAGGGUGGGGUCGCGGACUAAUUGGCUCCCGUUAUCAAUUCAGUUUGAAACAAAGUGUUUUUUUUUUUUCGUUGCGGUUGCUUUUUUUUUUUUUUUUUUUUUUUAAUUUCCGCGAACCAUGGAUCACGACAUUAACUUUGCAGCGCGGUGUCUGCUCGCGAUGUCGCACUCCAAGGACCACAACUGGUCGCCCAUCCCGCUGGACCUGUCGCACCGCGCCAUCGGCGGCAAGAUGUUCGACGGCGAAGCCGUGAUCGUGGAGAGCGUGGACGCGCCCAUCCCCACGGUGUUCACGGAGCAGGACCCGGCGGGCGCCGCCGUCACCGCGCCCAGCAGCGAGUCGUCGGCGCUGUACAUGGUGGCGCGCAUCCUCGCCGACCUGACGCGCAUCAAGCAGGAGCCGGUGCCGAACGUGCCCACGGACGAGCUGGAGGCGGAGGAGGCGGGGGAGCUCGUCAUCGACGACGAGGAGUUCGGCUACGUCGCCGACCUGGCGGGCAACAGCGGCAGCGACGCCAGCAGCGCGUCGCUGCCCUCGUCGCGGCGGCUGGGCAAGACGUCGUCCUCCAGCAGGUCCUCGCCCAAGACAGUGACGAUGCGAAAGACGCAUAAGUGUUUGUACCCCGGUUGUGACAAGAUGUACGGCAAGAGCUCUCACCUCAAGGCACACCUCCGGACGCAUACAGGCGAGAGGCCCUUCCCCUGCGGCUGGCCGGGCUGCGGCAAGAGGUUCGCGCGCUCCGACGAGCUGGCGCGACACACGCGCACCCACACGGGCGAGAAGAACUUCGGCUGCCCCGUCUGCGGCAAGAGGUUCAUGAGGAGCGACCACCUCAGCAAGCACGCCCGUCGUCACCCAAACUUUGAUCCGUCUGUGCUGCGGCAGCGGCGGAUGACGAACAAAGCUUUCUCCAUCAACUCCAGCGACGAGACACCCUCGGAAGCCCUGUCGGACUCUUUGCCGUCGCCCUAGCGGGGCCGCUUCCUCCAGCCUCUUCACUCACUAACAUUCGCCAGUGUCCUAAUUCUUUUGUUUGUUUUCAGGAAUAACAAUUUUUUUUUAUUUGUGACAUAAUAGUGGCAGGAUCGUGAAUAACUUGUGUUGAACUGAGUUGUCGCUGUGUUUUAAUCAGUUCAUUGUGAAACUAUUCCCGUGUACAUAGAAACCCCCUGAGAAGCGUAGGCACGAUGUCGCUCUAUUUUGCGAACAUUUUGGAGGGUGGAGGCGAAGUCAAGCGACAUCUUGAGUUUUUAACUUCACUGAUAUAUUAUAUAUGUAUAUAGUCUUACAGUUCUGUCCUGUAGUUAAGUACCUCGUCAAACUAACUAAAUACGCUUCCGAAAAUUGCCAACAAUGAACUUAAUUUUAAUUUCACUGUAGGUUGAACCUGCAUUCUGUAGAAGUAUGCAGCAGGCAGCGAGACAAUCUGGUUACUGUUGAGCUUUAAACUUUAGCGUGUAGCUAGUGAACUAAGAUGAAAUGGAUCUUGACAAAUACUUUAGUAUGUAAAGAAAAUUUAACUUGUGUGCUGUUUGUCUUUACAACUGUACUUAGUCCCAGCCUACAUGAGUUAUGCUCUCGUGCAGCAUUCAUUGGGUACCUAUUUAUUUGUUGUUAUAAUUGUUCCUUGCUGGGUAUGUUCACUUUCAGACGGGAUGCUCUCUGGUUAUGUUAGAAGUUAAUAGGUACAUGGUAAUUGUUGGUGUCCAAAUUAGCAUUGCAGUGAUUGCCAUGCUGUAGAGACCAACUUUGUCUAUGUGAAUACCACUAUAUCAACUCCUAACAACUUUUCUUAAAAGACUUAAAAAUACCAAGUUUUUCAUUUCCAGAAAAUAUGUUUUAUUAUUAUUAUUUUUUGGCUUCCCUACUUAAAUAAAAUUUAAUAAUGUUGCUCAUUUUCAAAAACUUAUUCCUGUUGUUUUAGUUUUCCCAUUGUAAAUUAUAUUUAAUUUUUUUAUAUAUAUUUAAAAAUCUAUAUUAUUUGGUAGUUAAGUACUUUCAUGCAUCAGAAUGUUGCUAGAAUAAUAAAAAUCUAGUUUAUGAUGUUAUAAAACAUUAAACAAUAUUUGUCAUUGUUUAGGUUUUGGCUUACCGAAAUUUUCUAAGAAAAAUUAAUUUAUUUUCAAGCUCAAAAAGUGUAUGAUCUAAAAAAUCUGGUCACAAUUACAGCUCUACUCUAUCAUAAGCCCCAAAAAUUUGUCAGUUGCAAUGAAAAACAUUACACAUAAAUUUGUGUUACGGGUAAUUCUAUUUUAAUUAAUAUCUUGGCUUUAUUCUUAUUGCAUCCUGUUGUAAAAACCUGUCUUUAACACUUUUAUUUUAUUGUAUUGUGCGGUCACCGGCUGCAAGUCAUUGGUGUAGUGAUACAGAUAUUUAGGCUUACUUAGCCGCUCAGUUUUCAAAGCAGAAAUGUUGGAAAUGAAUUAAAGCACCUAGUGAAACGAUUAAUUUUGUUUCAGGAUAAAAUAGUGAAACUAAUUUUUUUUUCUACCGAUUUUGUUGACUUAUUUUUAUAACCCAAAUUAAUUAAGGUUUUUUUUGUUUUGUUUUUCUUUUUAAGAUUUGUGAUUGUCUGCAGUAAAUUUUUUGUGUUAUCUGUUAUGGAUUAAAAUUGGUGAAGUGUUUCAUUACCAUAGUUAAUGAAAUUUUACAAAGUGUUUUAUAUAAGGUAUUUGUUUGUGAUUCCUGCAAAGCUUUUUGGAUUAAAAGUGGCUUAAAACUAAUCUGUUACCUCUUUGUAUUAGAAAUUAAGGUUUCGCAUAGCUUUGCACUCACUUAAAUGGGCCAAAUGGUUAAAAAACUGAAAAAUUUCCUUGUCAUCUAACGGAUUAUUGAUAAAUUACAUAACCUUAAAAAAAAAGGCUUGUUAGCCUAAAAAAAAAUUUCAAUAUGCACAUAAAAUAUUAGAAUAGCAAACAUAAUGAGUUAUUGAAAACUUUAUAUCUUGAGUACUAGUUUCUGGAAAAGUUUUGUAUCACUUUGUCCCAUAUAAAUAUUUUAAUAGCCUACAAACUAUGUAUAUUAUGAAAUGGUUUGUAUACUGCUUAGAAUUUUACAAACUUUCCGUUAAGUGUACUUCCUUAUUUUAGUUUUAUUAGUUUAAUUUUUGUGUGCAAGCGAUAUUAACUCCAGAGUUAUUUUAAUGCUAGGAAUAGCUAGAAUAUUUGUCCUGUGUAGAUCUCACUAGUAGAACAAUGGAAUGUUUGUUGGAAUCUAGGUUAUUACAAUUUUUUGCUCAGAAAACUACCCUGUAGUAGUAGGAUUAUUAUUUAUGUAAAUAUUUUGUAUUUUUUACAAAGUUCUGAAGAGUAAUGAAUUGAACUCUGAACAUUUAGUGAAUACAUAGUAGGUAGUAAAGCUACAAGAAAUAAUAUUUUUUGUAUUGGCUGGAUUUGUCACCUCUGAUUGGCAACUGAACUGCAGUGGUUGAAAACUUAAUGCGAAUGCUGUUGGCGAUUCCACUCGAAUAGAGAGUUUGUUAAUUGUGAAUGAUGAAUAAUAUUGUUGUGUGUUUGAGAACUUGUUGUACCAAGACCAUUUCUAAUGGCAGUGACUGAAUCCUAACACUGCAAGAUGUUUCUUUCUGGUGGAUACUUGGUAAAGUUCAGUAGCACUAGUUACCACGUUGUUGAAUGUACUAUUCACGCCCACUGUUAAGUCUUUUACUGUUAACAAAGAGUGGCCAUAAAUCAAAACUUUGUUGAUUUGCUUUUCACUGUAAUUGCACUAAUAACAGCACGUGCACUGGAGAAUUUAAAAAGUGUGCUUCAAUUAAGUCUUUGUUGGAAGACUAAUAGCAAGGCCAAUUCCUGGAUGAACUGUCAGCGCCAUUAUGAUAGAGGUUUAGGUUUAGUAAGUGUCUUGUGGCUUUGUUUAGUCAUUGUAACACUACAGGUGCACCAACUAAAUUUUAUUGCCUGCGUGAGAUAAAUGCCAUGUUUUCCAGUCUGCUUUGAGUGCUUUGUAGUCUAGUUUUAAUCCCCUUCUCUUUGGGACUUUUGAAAGUUAUCGUAAGCAACUUUCUUCACUCAUCUUGUUCACAAAAAAUUUUGCGAAAUGUUUGUUUGGGUAACCUUUCAGCAUGUAUCGUGCAAAGUUACAAUACUUGCAUGUCUUGAAUGAUACUUUAAUGUUGGUUGAGUUGUGUGAUAAAUAAUUCAAUCUUUGUGAUAGUGGAGUGGAAUUCAAACUUUUUCUGUUGUGUGUUUUCUAGUGAAGGUUUUUUCCUCUCUGACCACUGUAAUAAAAAAAAGUCAGUGUGUUUGGAUGCUAAAGCUUAUUUAUCUUUGAAAACCAUGAAAAGGCAUGAUAAUCACACAAUAAGAUAGUCAAUUUUAAAGUAUUUAUUUUUUCCAAAUAAUUUGCUUUAAUGUAGUAAUGAUCUAUCAUUCACAAACAAUUUAUUCCUUUUGAACAAGUUAGUUUGAUGGGCUAGUUUGCAAACUAGUUCAAAUCAUUCUCCUAUUGAUGCUGUGAAAGCAUACCAAAUACUGUGGAAACUAGAUGACUAAAUGAUAAAAAAUGAUAAAAUGAAUUAUUAACAACUUUUUGUGGUCAGAACAUCAUUGAAUUUGAACGGUAAACUAAACAUGUAAACAAUAAUUAGUGUCAACACAAUGUGAACCUAUAGCUGUUUGAGGACAGCAAUGUAAAUCAGACCAGCUGUCAUUCACUGUUUUAACCAUUUACAAAAAAUUAUCAUUAUACUGUUUUGAUCACAGUAUUAUCUCAAAACAUUGCUAAUGAUUUCAUUAUUUUAUUGAAAAAAUCUAAUAUCUUAACUAUUUUAAUUUAAAAAAAUAUUCUCUUAAAAAUAGUCACAAUGGAAUUGUUUUGAACCAACAACUUUUGUAUUCUAAUUGAAUGAAAUAUAGUGGAUGUAAAUAUUGCAUAGUUAUAAAAGUAAUUUACUUUAAUUAUACUUUUAAUUUUAUGUACAUAAAUGUUUUUGUCAUCUUACUAUACAAAGGUUUAUAAAAAAAAAUUAUUAAACAUUAUUACAAUGAAUUCAUAAUAAACUACACACUCCAAACUUAAUUUAAUAAAUCAGGGAACUAAAAACCUGCAUAUAGUACAGCAGCAUUUGAAUUAGAUACACGGAACAAAAAAUGAAAAGUAUAAGCAGUUCGACGAACAAAGAUACUUCACACUAGUUUGAAGGAAAUGUGUGAUUCAACAAUGAAUGAUACAAAUGAACUAGGUCAGUGUGAUGACCGCGAGCGAAUGAAUUAAUUCACCUUAUUGGACAGGACUUCCCAGGUUACUGCUCUAAAAUGGAAGUAUCUCAUAAAAAUAAUAUAGGUAAGAUAAACAUUAUGCGAGUUAUUAGUGUAUGCUACACUGUUCUGAUAAGUAGCUCAAAUAGCCACAGUUAUCAAACUUAGUCUUUAGAAAGAGCUUUAAGAAACAUUUUAAAACAAAGAUUAUGCUGUCAUGCAUGUACAGGUUGUGCUAUUACCUUUUUAAAAGUGGUUUCAAAUUAUUCCAAUUGCCAGAAACAGUAAUUUAAACAAUGUAAAUUAUUACUGGAAUGAUAAGCAUAUAGAAAGUUGCUCACUAUCUUUAUUUACCUUAAAUUUAUGUCUUAAUUUUAGAUGUUUGGGAAUUUUAUUCAAGAAUAUUAAUUUAAAAAAUCAGUGUGAUUGACUAUAGUUAACAUGUACUAAUGAUAAAAUCCAAAUUUAAAAAUUAAAAAAAAAAUUAGGAAGAAAUGUGUCAUCUACAACACUCAACGAUACACCGAAAUGUAUCACAAUUAUUGUGCAACUUGUGAGCUGAGUUAUGGUCACUCUUUGUCACAGCUGCGUUGCGACGGUAGCCUCGUCGUAACUUCGUACAAACUUGUGUCCUUGGGGUGUAUGUAGUGUUGCCGUCAGGUGAGACCGUGGCAGUUCGACUUGCCAUAUCUCAGCUACUUAACCAAACCCUGCAGUUCAUAAUUGUGUUGGGAGCUCAAUCUUUUCAAAUUCUGCACCACAGUUAUUUAGAACCUUUGUCUAAGUAUAAAACGCAGAACACUAAAUAUGUACACUAAUGUUUUUGUUGUAUAAUAUUUUUAGAUUUGAAAAUGUGUAAAUUGCCAUGAGUUUUCAGCACCAUUUUUAACAAUUAUAUUUUAAUAGAAGUUUUAAAUGUAAUGAAUCAUAUUAUAGACUGAAAGCAUAAAAAAACUGAACUAAAAAGAAAACACCAUUCUUUUAAAUAUUAAAAAAAUAUAUAUAUUUAAAGGCAGUUCUUGACCACAAUGCAUGACCAUUGGUUUGUGUAAAGAUUUGAUCUGUUGAUGCAAAUGGACAUAUUGUAAAUUUGUUUAUAUAAGGAUACAAGUGUGAAGUAAAAUAGUUUUGAACACUGGAAAAAACUGGACUGAUAGUAAUUGAACUAUGUAUUGAUUGUGAAUAACUUAAAUAACUGGCCUAUAUUGAUAUCUCUUAACUAUGUACCUACCCAUGUAUUGGUGAGUGUAUUGUUUAGAAGAAGAUCUUGUUUUAUGAUAUGGUAUUAAAUUUUUUACUGAAAACUGCAUACUCUUUAAGUUUGUGUAAAUCUUUUCUCUGUCAGCUCCAUUGAAUAGUACCGUAACCUUCAUGUACCAGUUAUUUUUUUUAUUUUUAAAAAAAUCACAAUGAAUAUUUGUAGCUUGCGUGUGUUCGACACCAGCUAAGACUAGCAAAACAGAACUGAAGAACUAAGUGGAAAGCUAAUUGUAGAGAACAUGCUUCUUCUGAAGCAGUUUAAUUGUUACUCAUUUAUUUUAAGCACAUUUUCAGCAGAGAAGAAUGCUCUACGGAAAAUUUAAUACUGUGUGUGUAGGUGAAUUAUAUUUUGUCUCAAGAAACUGAGACUUUAAACACGGGACAAAAUUUGACAUUGAAACUUAAAUAUUUUCCGAAAGUCCAAUUUAUAUAUGUAUAAUACAGUAUAAUAAAGUAUGCACUUAAUACAGAAGCAGAAUCUUAGAGAGAAAAAAUUUGUUACGCACAACUACGACAAACUGUAGCCACUUUCAUUUGGCGUAACUGCUAAGUGUUGAGUUCUCCACUGUACCAAUGUGGGACUUAUAAAAUUGCUGCCUACCAAUUUUUUUUACUGAUAACAACAGAAUUAACUUUGAUUUUUAUUAAGGUAAGCUAUGCAACUAACAUAAGAUCACAUAAAUAAUGUAGGAACAUAUUAUAGACACUGUAACCUCAAGGAUGGCCACUUAUUAUCAGCUGAAAUGUAAUGACACAAUACUAAUAAAAUUAAAAAAAUCUUACAGAAUAAAAUUUGUAAGACUAAAGUAAAAAGUGUAGUUCUCUUAACACUGUAUCUCUAAUUUUUGCUUACAAAAUUGUUUUUUUAAUAUUCAGUAAAAUGUAGUUUUAGUUGUGAUAAAAGAAAAUAAAUAUUGUGUCAUCCUCAAAAUGAAUAUAAAAAUUGUGUGUGUGUGUAUUUAUAUAUUCACACACUUACAUAUACGUACAUAUAAAAGGUUUGAGUGAUGAAGUACAGUAAAUGAAGGAAUGGAUGGCUGACGGUACUUAAAGUAAAAAAAAAGAGUUACAUCAACAUAGGGUGUAAUCGGUACACGUAUGGAGUUACGAUGAUUUUCAAAACUGCACCAAUGUGAAGUGGAUGAUCUCACAGCUUGACCGUCCUGAGCAAAGAAAUGGUUAGUGCUCCUUGUAUCUGCCUGCAAUCAGGAUGCUCGGACGAGCGACAUGCGCAGUUCACAUGCCUGCGGUGGAAUGCUUUGCCACAGAAGGUUUGGUGUGUUUGGAGAUCCACUGUAAAGGCGUGUACCCAUUCAAAAUAACUUCAGUCAUCAGCUCCUUCUUUUAUCCCACUUUGCCACCCUUCAUCUUGUAUAUCUCCUGUGAAUGUCUAUACUUUUCCACCCCUCACCUUGUAUAUCUCCUGUGAACAACUAUACUUUGCCACCCCUCACCUUGUAUAUCUCCUGUGAAUGACUAUACUUUGCUACCCCUCACCUUGUAUAUCUCCUGUGAACAUCUAUAAUUUGCAGUUUAAAUGCUAAAUUUCACCAAUACCUGUUUGAUGUCAUAAUGUUAUAUUCUCUUCAAAAUAUUUUUUAAACUCCAAAAAAAAUCAGUAACUUUUUACUAUGCUUAAGGAAUACAUAUUUAUAGUUCAUUUACUUCUAGCCUAUGUAGGACAUGCAAAAUAUAAUUUCCACAUCAUUCAAAUUCUUGCUUCUCUGAAUGUCUCCUACAUUUAGCUUUCCUCGUAGAUUGUUUUGUUUUCUUUUCAUUUUUUUGCUCUCUUUUCUAAAAAAAUUAAUGAAUGGAGGAAAGUUUUCCUGAAAGUUAUGGUGAAAGUUAAAAACAUGAUGCUAGAAGGUAAGAAAUAUAUAAGUGGCAGCUAACAAAAUCACAAAAUGUUUAAAAAUAAAGUCUUUUUACAUGUGU